AUGUUUACAGCCCUCCAAAGACAACAUGCGACUUGUCUGAUCUACAUACAGCAACCAACUACGAAAAAAAAACACAUUUGUGUGGGUGGCUUCAAUGGCCACUCCCCUGAAUGGGGCUACACCAGCUAUAACUGCACAGGCCAAAAGAUCGAAGAGUUUUGUGAAGCCAGCAACCUAUCUGUGUUGCAAAAUGCCAACUCCACUCCUACCUUACUUCACAGAGCCCAUUUGACUCUCAAGCGGCCUGAUCUCACCCUCUGGUCAUCUGACAUCAAAAACUCCUUUCGCAUCGAAGUGAUUGAUGAUAUAGGAAGUUAUCACAGACCUAUUUUUACACAGAUCACCUCCCCACCUGCUUUGAACCACCCUCGGAGAACUCGAUGGAACUUUAAGAAAGCCAACUGGGCAGAGUACAAAAAGACCUCUGACAAAUUGGCUCUCUAG